CGGGCUUACUGCCGGCCCCGUGAAAGGUCGCUGCGCAAGCGCAUCACCAAUAGUGCCAAGUGGGUCUGGCGCGACAGAACACACUUGCUAGAUUCAUGUCCAGAAGAACAGCCGCGGGCGGCUAUCAGAAUGUGUCGUACUGUGUGUAUCCGUACCCCCGUGCCCCUCGUUGGGAAAAUGGGGAGAUGCGUGUAUAAGACGCGACGUCCCCCGCUACCCCGCCUUGAGCUUCUUCGUCCCAUCCUGUGAUCAAUUGCCCACUUCUGUCCAAAUUCCCCGUUUUCAGUCUCUCAUAGCCCUCCAAAACACAAUGAACGGCACAAUAAGAGCGUCCAAGCCGAAUAUCGGCGUCUUCACAAACCCGAAGCAUGACUUGUGGAUAAGCGAGGCGACACCGACGCUGGAAAGCGUCCAGAAGGGGGAGGAGCUCAAGGAGGGACAAGUCACAGUCGCCGUUAGGAGCACAGGCAUCUGCGGGUCAGAUGUCCACUUCUGGAAGCACGGCUGCAUCGGCCCCAUGAUUGUCGGCUGCGAUCACAUCCUCGGCCACGAGUCUGCCGGUGAGAUUAUCGCUGUGCACCCGAGCGUAACAAACCUCAAAGUGGGAGAUCGCGUCGCCAUCGAGCCCCAGGUCAUCUGCAAUGCAUGCGAGCCAUGCCUGACGGGCCGCUACAACGGCUGCGAGUCGGUCGACUUCCUCUCUACGCCGCCCGUGCCGGGCCUGCUGAGGCGAUAUGUCAACCACCCGGCGGUGUGGUGCCACAAGAUCGGAGACAUGUCAUACGAGGACGGCGCCAUGCUCGAGCCUCUCUCCGUAGCACUCGCUGGAUUGCACAGGGCCGAGGUGCGGCUGGGCGACCCGGUGCUGGUUUGCGGCGCCGGUCCCAUCGGCCUGAUCACUCUGCUCUGCGCCAAGGCGGCCGGCGCGUGCCCGCUGGUCAUCACGGAUAUUGACGAGGGCCGGCUCAAGUUCGCCAAGGAGAUCUGCCCGGAGGUCAUCACACACAAGGUUGAGCGGCUGUCCGCCGAGGAGUCGGCAAAGGCGAUCGUGAAGAGCUUUGGAGGCAUCGAGCCCGCAGUGGCUCUGGAAUGCACAGGCGUGGAGAGCAGCAUUGCGGCCGCGAUCUGGGCCGUCAAGUUCGGCGGGAAGGUCUUCGUCAUCGGCGUGGGCAAGAACGAGAUCCAGAUCCCCUUCAUGCGCGCCAGCGUCCGCGAGGUCGACCUGCAGUUCCAGUACCGGUACAGCAACACCUGGCCGCGGGCGAUCCGGCUGGUUCAGAACGGUGUCAUCGAUCUCAAGCGGCUUGUGACGCACCGCUUCGGGCUGGAGGAUGCUCUCAAGGCUUUCGACACGGCAUCGGAUCCCAAGACUGGCGCCAUCAAGGUGCAGAUUCAGAGUUUGGAUUAGAGACUUAGACCAUUUUCCUCCGUCAGUUAGCAUUUUGAGAGCAGUUCAUACUAUAGAUGUAGCGUGUCCAAUCCAUUAAUUUCGAGUCGAGCCAGCAACGUCCGAUGGAGAUUUCUAAUGGGUGGUAAAGGCCCACAUUGGUUGCGCGGGUGAUGUCGGGUCCCGUGGGAUGGAGGCGGCAAUCUUGGAUUGGUCGCGCAUGGUAUGUUCCAAAUAUUUAUGAUAUUUACUACCUAGGUACCUAGGUAGGUGAAAGGUGGUUUUUGCAUGAGUUGCUCCGAA